GCAGUGUUUUCCCUAAGAACCGGCCGCCGGCCAAAUUGACCGCUUCAAUUCAUAGAAAUGCCGGUUAAAAAUCCUUAAAUUAAAAAAAUAAAAAAGCGAAAGUUUCGUUGUGUCGAUAAAUCUAACCGUACACGAACUCGACGAAGUACGACUUGAUUAAAACGAAUGUAUCCCGAUCCCGAUUAAUAAAAGGCAUUUAAUAUGGCGGAGAAAAGGCAGCUAAAGUUGGAAGAAAUAUUUUCUGGAAAGAGGCCGAAAAAUUCUUCGGUUGUCGAAGAUCUUGAAUUAUGGUAUUAGUUCUUGUUGGCGGUAAUAUACUACAUGAAAAUCAGAUUGUUCAACAACACUAGAUAGUGAAAGUUCUUUGUGCUCUGGAUCUUCAUAUGGAAAUCCAGCUCCUUCACUGAAUUCGACUCAACUCUGGUCACCAGAGCAGUGUGUCAAAAAUAUUCAAGAUUUAUUUGAUUCGGAUAAAACAAUUCACUCAUGUUACUUGUGCAGUAAAAAAGGUUGCACUAAUACUUGCACUAAAAGUAAAUUUCAACAUGCUUGGCUUUCGGCAAAGAAUUGGUGGCUAUUGUAUAUAGAAAAUGAAGGCAUGUACUGCAUUGUAUGUAAAAAACACAACAUGAAGCAUCCCAAUAAUCAAAGAGAAACUUUCUCUGGGACACCCAGUGUUAGGUUUAAAGUGGAUGCAUUGAACACACACAGCAAAUGCAAACUACAUAGUGCAGCAAUAGAAAGUGAAAUGCUUCAAGAAGUUUCUUAUUUUCAUCAAGAAGUGACGAAAAAGAGAGAAGUAGAAUCCAGUGUCUUACAGAUGGUGUUUUCAUCAGCAUAUUUUCUAAUGAAAGAAUUCAUUGCAAAUAAAAAACUACUUCCAUUAUUAGACUUUAUGCAAAAAACUUGUGAUGUUGAAGCGUUGAGAUAUUUUAAUCACAGAUCAGCUAGGUGUCAGAUGGAAAUAUUCAGCACCAUUGGACAGACAGUAAAGAAGGAAAUUAUUAAGAAGGCACAAAAAGCUCAAGCUUUUGGUCUAAUGACUGAUGAAGCCACAGACAUCUCUGUCACUGAAAAUCUUGUUACUUAUAUUCAAUUCUACUGCCAAGACACUGGAAAAGUAGAAACUUUUUUCCUUUCAUGUCAAGAUGUAUUAAAAAAGCACAGGAGUGCAAACUCAGAAGCUAUAACAUCUUUGAUACUCGAGGAGCUGAAGAACUGUGAGUUGGACACUAAAAAGUUGACAGGACUUGUGACAGAUGGAGCGUCAGUCAUGGUUGGCAAGAGAUCAGGUGUUGCAACACGUCUGAAAGAGGAAAACCCUUUGCUCAUUAAUAUUCACUGUAUCUGUCACCGACUUGCUUUAUCCUGUACAGACACAAAUGAAUCAAUUAAGUACAUAAAAACUGUUGAAACAAUUUUGAGACAAUUAUGGCAAUUUUUUGAGAACUCACCAAAGAGAAUGGCAGCAUACUUAAAAGUGCAAACUGAUAUGAAAAACAUAAUGUUAGGAGAGGAAGCCAAAAAGUCAGUAGGCAAGCGCUUGAAAAAAGCAUGUAGAACAAGAUGGCUUAGUUUUCAGGCGGCUGUGGAUGCCAUUGUGAGUGACUAUGAGUCUGUGCUACAAACACUUUCUCAGAUGGAUGAUGAUGCAACAGCUUGUGGUCUGUUGAAAAAGAUGAGGUCUUUCCAGUUUUUAGGUGCUCUCUACAUUUUAAAGGACAUUCUUCCUAUCCUUGCACAACUUUCCAAAUAUUUUCAGAAGGAUGUCAUCAGCUUUUCUGCAAUUAACCCUGCAGUAAAAAUGACCAAGGACAAGAUAAAAGAGAUACAAGAAACAGAGGAGCCCUUGGAAAAGUUAAAAGUUGAUGCUGACUCUUUUACAAACAUGUGUGGAGAUAUCAAGUGGAAUGUCAGAGAUUCAGAAUAUCUUCACAAACUGCUGACCAACUACACCAAUGCAUUAAUUGAAAAUAUUGAUGCCAGAUUCAAUGACAGUAUGAAACUUUUGUCUGCAUUUCAGAUAUUGGAUCCAACACUUGUACCACUGCCAGAUGAUAUUGGUUUUAAGGAAUAUGGCAAGCAGGCCAUUCUGGUAAUUGCAAAGCAUUUCUACCCAAAAGAGGGCAAAGAUGAAGUUGAAACGGAUAAACUGAAAAUAGAAUGGGAAAAGAUGAAGUACUAUGUUGCAGAAGUUGUGUUGCCCAAUAUGCCAGAUGAAGUUAAAUCAAAUUGUACUAGUACAACUCCAACAGACUGGUUUAUUGAUCAUCUUCUAAAACCUCAAAUGAAGCAUUUUUAUCCCCAGUUAGCGUACAUUGCAGAGGUAGUGUCAGCUCUUCCUGUUAGUAAUGCAUGGCCAGAGAGAGGGGCAAGCACUCUUAAAACAAUUAAGACAAAGCAAAGGAAUCGACUCUCCCAAUCUAUGCUUGAAUGCCUCAUGCAAGUUUCAAUAAAUGGACCACCCUGUGAAGAAGCAGAAGACACAAUAAUUAAGGAAUCAGUGAAUGUUUGGUGUGCAUCCAGAAACAGAAGAAGAUUACCUAAGAAAUCCUCAAAUGAUAAUCUAGCUCAUUUGACAGAACCAAAUUCUGAAUCAGAUGUGACUUACACAUCAGAAAUUGGGGUCCAGACAAACCCAGUUAUUUUAGCAGACAAUAUCUCAGACUUAAAAAAUCAAGUGCAGUAUGCUGUAAAAAUGUUAAAUCUUGAUGCAUCAGCAUGUAAUUAUUCAGAUUCGAAUAGCUCAGAUGAAGAUUAAUUAUCCAUUUUAAUCCAAAUCUAAAGAAUUACAUGCAUCAUGAUUUAACAUUGAUUUUAUGAAGUGAAAUAAUAAAGAAGAAAAGUAAAUUUUCAGUGGUAAUUUAUUUUAUUUCAUUUUGUUAUGCUUGUCAUCUAGUAAAAUGUUGGAUCAAUAAGUUUUUUAUGGCAAUAGAUUACCUGCAGCUGCAUGUGCAAUUCUAAAUAAUACCUAUAGCAAUUGAACAUAUAAAAUUGACAGUCAUAUUGAUUUGAUGCCAAAAAAAAAUAUUGAAAAAUACUAUUAUUUUUAAAAAUAUAACAAACUUUUAAGAUUUUUAAUCUGUUGGAAGAUGCCUAAAUUUCAAAUUGUAUCUGCCCUGAGAGCUCUCCUAAGGGUUAUGAAAUGACCUAAAAUCAAUUUCGGCCGGGGGGCUUCGCCCCCCUGGUCCCCCCACGAGGGCUUUGCCCU